GAAUCUGUGCCUGCUUCGGAAAGACAGCAGGAGCGACUCGACUGGGCCUAAGUUCCUGCCCUGACUUCCCUCAGUGAUGGACUGUGAUAGGUAUCUGUCAGCCAAGUAAACCCUUCUCUCCCCACGUUGCUUUUGAUUAUGGUGAUUAUCACAGCAAUAGAAGGCAAACUACGAUGGUGUGGGAAGCCGCUACAGAGCCAAGUACAGCUGAAAGGCCGCGACCUCCUCACCCUGAAGGACUUCACCGGAGAGGAGAUUCAGUACAUGCUAUGGCUAUCUGCAGAUCUGAAAUUCCGGAUAAAGAACAAAGGGGAGUAUUUGCCUUUGUUGCAAGGGAAAUCCUUAGGAAUGAUUUUUGAAAAAAGAAGUACUCGAACAAGACUGUCCACAGAAACAGGCUUUGCUCUUCUGGGAGGACACCCUUGUUUUCUUACCACACAAGACAUUCAUUUGGGGGUGAACGAAAGUCUCAUGGACACAGCUCGUGUGUUGUCUAGCAUGACAGAUGCAGUGUUAGCUCGAGUGUAUAAACAAUCUGAUCUGGACACCCUGGCUAAGGAAGCAUCCAUCCCAAUUGUCAAUGGACUCUCAGACUUGUAUCAUCCUAUCCAGAUCCUGGCUGAUUACCUCACACUCCAGGAACACUAUGGCUCUCUCAAAGGCCUCACCCUCAGUUGGAUAGGGGAUGGAAACAACAUCCUGCACUCCAUCAUGAUGAGUGCUGCAAAAUUUGGGAUGCACCUUCAAGCAGCUACUCCAAAGGGUUAUGAGCCAGAUCCUAAUAUAGUCAAGCUGGCAGAGCAGUAUGCCAAGGAGAAUGGUACCAAGCUGUCAAUGACAAAUGAUCCAUUGGAAGCAGCACGUGGAGGCAAUGUACUAAUUACAGACACUUGGAUAAGUAUGGGACAAGAGGAGGAGAAGAAAAAGCGUCUUCAGGCUUUCCAGGGUUACCAGGUUACAAUGAAGACUGCUAAAGUUGCAGCAUCUGACUGGACAUUUUUACACUGCUUGCCUAGAAAGCCAGAGGAAGUGGAUGAUGAAGUGUUUUAUUCUCCACGGUCAUUAGUGUUCCCAGAGGCAGAAAAUAGAAAGUGGACAAUCAUGGCUGUCAUGGUAUCCCUGCUGACAGACUACUCACCUGUGCUCCAGAAGCCAAAGUUUUGAUGCUGUGAUGCAUGCCAAGAGAAAAACAAUGCUCUUUAGGAACAGAAUAAAUCAGUUUAUGGGAAAAGAAGAAUUUAAAAUGUAACAAAUCCCUAAUACAUGAUAUGAGUAAUAUAUGUUAUUGAUUUGCUAUUGUGAGAUUUUCUUGAAGCCUCUAGUUUAAAUGCCAAGGCACUUUAAUAUCCUGCUUGACUGGGUUUAAACUCACUCUUCAAUUCACAAUUUCUGAAUUACAUUUAGUUAUCACAUUAAUUAUCAUACACAUUUCCUUCUAUUAAACAUAAAUCACUAUGCUUACAAUGCAUAAUGUCUAACUCAUUAAAUGUAAUCUAUCCUUAUUACUUUAAUAAAUGAUAAUUUAUGCUCAUUUAUAAAUAAACAUUUGCCAGGCAGGCAACUGCUAGUAGGUCUGUGGGCUAUGUUCAUGGGCCUUAAGACCAAUGAGGAAGUUAAAUGAACAUCCUGCAAAUAGAGUACCAUUUUCAGGCUGAUGAGGAAGACAGACAGUCACAGAGAUAUCACGAAAUUCUUUAAAAAUAGCAACUUAACCAUACUGAAGUAUUUUUCCAAUCAUUUAUGGGAAGAUGGUAGUCCUUCAAGAGCAUAUAUCUCUUUGUGUAUUGACCACUUCAUAUUACAAGUGGAAAGAAACUCUGUUAGCAUAUGGUAAAGCUAUGGGUACUCAUCCAGGAAUUCAGGUCGAUUAGAGACUGAUGUAGGCCUUGAUUCCAAUUUUUCCAGGAGCAAUUUAAUUUUUUUCACAUCUGUGUUUAUCACAAAUCUACUCAUACCACGCAUUGACUAUUUCCAUCAUCUACUAUUUGCCAUAUUUUAGUUUGUCAUUUUCUCCCUACCAGGGAUCACACUUUGAAUAGAUCUACCUUUGUGGAUGAUCGAAAUUUGUGUCAUCAACUGACUAUGAUAUGAUUUUAAAUGUUUUUAGUUGAAAUUUUAAAUAAGAUAGGUUGUUUUUAAAAAUAACAAUUUUAUGCAGGACCAAUUAAUGUAAUUUACUUUAUGUUCCACCUCUAUUUAAAAAAAAUGUUUUCAGUCUGAUUGACUGAUAUUCUUUAAUGGACAUUUAUGACUUAAAUGAGUAAGCAAGAGAUGAAUAAAAAAAUUAGAUUUUCAAUGAA